CUAAAAAUCAUUAAGCUGCUCAGUGCUGCAACAUGCCAAAGUGCUCAGAGCAUUUUUAAAACCAAUCAUUUGCAAACUUUUCUUCCGCAAAUUUGAAUUUCUUGUAUCCACAAAAAGGUUUACACCAAUUUCCUGUGAACCACCGGGUUCUUGUUUGUUCCCCUAAAGUACCUUGAUAUCUGAAAGCUUUAUCAGGCUUAAUACUAUUUUUGCUUCAUCUAAAACGCCUGAAUCUUCACAAUCGUAGCAAGAAAUAAUUCCACAAAUUUUAGAAGAACCUAUAAUCCACAAAAAUAUGUUCUGCAAAAUAAAGCAUUUUGAGGCAACUUGUCCGCAAAAAUAUGUUUCGUAAAAAUUUCUUCUGGAAAUAUGUUGUUCCCUUAAAAUAGUAUGUGACAUAAAGUGAUAAAAUUUUUUAAAAAAAUGAUAUUUGGAAAUAAGAAUUCGAAAGUCUUUUUAGUCACAACAUCCUUUCACAUAUUUCAAUAUCAUAUUACAUAGCUGUUAGCUUAGGCUGUAAAAUUUUGAGAUCAAAAGUUGAGGUUAUGCAAAUUAAAAAAUUACAAAUUUGUGCGGUAUGCUUCUGAGAAUUUAAUUUAGCUAAUCUUAAUCAAAACAAGUUUACGUCAGCACUUAAAUUGAAAACAUAUUAAAUGAAUAAGAGAGAGAGAAAGAGUUUCAGAAAAGAAAGUUCGUUGUUAUUAGAAAAGGUUAAAAGCUACUAAGACGCCUGCGUUUUGUAUUUAUGAAAAUGGAGGAAAAAUAUUCUUGCAUCACACCAUACACAGUUCUUUACAAUUUAACAAGAACAGAUCGUGUUGUUUUUGCAUGCAUCAACAUUACAAUCAGCGUUAUCAAUUUAUUCACAAAUGUUGCUGUCAUUUAUGGAAUUUAUGCUUCCAAACAACUAAAGAACACAUCAGUGAAGUUUAUUUUCUAUCUCAGUAUAUGCGAUUGUUGUUCAGCCUUAAUUUCACAACCAUUUUUUACACUUAUACUCAUCCAUACUUUUGAAUCAAAAACAAUACAAUGUGGAUUGGAAAAUGCUUCGUAUUUUUGUACUGUUUUCCUCACUCACACGUCAUUUUAUUUUCUUAUUGUGAUAGCUUGUGAUCGCUUGAUUCGAUUGCGAUUUUUAAACAUCAAUAUGAAUAAUGUGAUGAAUCGUAACGAAAAAACAGUUUUACUGAUUCUGAUCUUCCUAUCACUACUCCAAGCCUGUUUAAACGUAUUUGGAAUCGCUUUCGACUUUUUUCUGAUCGCAUUUAAAAUCGGAGCUGCUUAUGAUAUUUUCCUUGGGUUUACCUUGUUUCCAAUCUAUCUAAUGGGUAUAAUUGCAGCCAGGAAACAUAGCCAAAAUAUGAACAGACUGGCUGGCUUAAAAAGGAUUGAUAAAGUUAUGGCAAAAGUUGCUUCAAGAAUCCUACCAGCUGUAUUCAUCUGUUUCUUCCCUUACAAUACACUGUCGACAAUGCAUUGGAUCAUACGCGAAAAAAAGAAACAAAAAACUGGAUUGGAAUUUUAUUUGGUUUUGAGUUAUACUCUGACAUAUUGCAAUGCGUUUAUCAAUGCAAUCAUUUUUAUUGCGUUAAACAAGAAAGUACAACAAAAGUUACUGGUGUUCUUCUUUCAAAUGAACGAAGCAAAUCGAAUUGUAUCUAAGAACAAAAUUACCAUGGAAGAGAACUACUUGAGAAGUGUUGAAACAAGUAAUACAGAUAUCUGAUUGGUCAAUGGUUCUAGGUCUCUUUAAAUAACUAAAGAUGGACAAGACAAAUGACAAAAGAAAUUAUGUUUGCUAGUUGAAAUCUUGGCAUGUCACAAUUAUUAUUUUGUCAUACUUAAAUAUUACAUAGGAAAAGGUGUUGGAAUUUACAUAAAAAGAAUUCGUUCAGUUCCUAAAUGAGAAUUAAUUUUUAUUAUAUUAUUUAAAUAAAAAAAAGAUAAAUUAAGUUGUAAGAUCCAUAUUAUAAUGCCCGUAUAUGUCUGUCUGUCUGUUAUGUAAAGUAGUAAAUGCAGUAAGAAGGGACGGGUUCGUCCGUAUAUAUUCACGGGCCAUCGACUAGUUUUAAUGCAGUAUUCCAAUAGAAUAUUUUAUGUCUAAUUAAAAACAUUUAAUAUGACAUUAAAUUUGAAAUAAAGCGUUGUCAACAAAUACAGUUUCACGUGAAACAAUUUUUCGUAUUUUAACUUGUACAGUAAAUUAUUAGUAAUUAUUUCUGAAGAUGUACCGGUGUCACAGAAAGUUAAGACUAAGCAGUCAACCACGUUUUAUUCUCUAGCAAAUUAGAACCAAUUAGAGUUUAAAUCCUAAAGAAAAUAAGGAAUCCUGAACUUCGUCUCUAUGUUAAUAGUUCUAUUGUGUCUGUGUGUACCACAAAAUCCGUAAUGAUUGCAAAAAGGCGGAAAAACUUUCAUAGGCGAAUUGCCGGUUCGUAGUCAAGCGUUUUCUCUAAGAAGUACCCCUCCAGCUCUAAAAACGAAAUGGAGUCUUGCGGUGAUUUCGCCUUAAAGUUGCUAUAAUUUAAAAUGGGCCCAUUAGAGAAGAGCGAUAUGUACUUAAUUCAUUCAACAGGUCGUUUUCGGACGCAGUUCUUGUUUAUCGAAGGACAUGGGGUUAGAGAUGAAAAGGUUAUUUUGAGAAAGCGCUGUUGGAGUUGGAGUUUUCACUUUUGUACUUAAAUAUUUUAUUCUAUGUAGUCAAAUUUAAAAUGCUAAAAAUUUUAAGUUAUUAGUGUACUUGUAAUGUAUAACAAAAGAUAAGAUUAGGAUCAAUUCAUGGGUUAUAAAUUUUGGCUCUCCUUAUUAUUUUAAAAGAAUGCAUUAGAAAGAAUAUAUAACAUGUAACUUUGCGAAAGUUUGUGAGAGUGACUUUUUAUCAUUCUUCAUCGGCGAAAGCGAAAUCCUUUAAUUUCUCGAAAAUUUAGCUCUGGGAAGUUUCAGCUUGCG